AUGGAUUCAGCGCCUGCAGAGGCAGCACGAUGGCCCAUUUCGUAUCCGGGGCAGGUUCUUCGCGGCUGGGACAACACCGGCACGCACCCGCACGGCUGCUUGUUCGGCUCAUGGACACGGUCAUCUGGGCUAUCCGCUUCCUAUUCCUGGAUGGCGCAAACGGAGGCAAUAACUAUCGCGAACAGGGCAAGCUUUUCCUUCCUGGCUCCCACGCUGCCAAACCAAGCGUCAGAAAUGCAGUUUGGGCCAGCAGCCAUGUCAGCGAGGUUCUGCUUCCCAACCGUAUUGCAGCUACAAACCGUUAAGGCAGUCGAGCCGCCGGCGAAAUACCCGCAUGCCAAACAGCUGGUCGAGCUGGGUUACCAACAUCCGGAGGGUGGCUGCCGCAACGGGUCCUCUGUGCCGCCACUACAACGAUGUUGGCCAGAUGGUUCCCUCGUAGUGGAGGUGGCGGGUGACGGCAUCCGCAUUGACCCGUCCUCAGACAAGUCCAUCCCCACCAACACCAUAUUCUAUUUUCAAAAUGUCACCUGCCUGUGUGAGCACCCCGUGAGCAUCAUGUGCCUCAGAGAGCAGCAGGCCGAGCCCCUGGUCUGCUUCCAGGAAACGAAGCGCCAGUUUGGGAAUGUCACGACGUCUUUCUUAGACGAUUACCGACCAGAUCUGCCGCUUCAGGCCCUUGAUGGUAAUGCCUCUUCACCGCAAGUGAAGCAGACGCAGCGGCAGGACAGCACACCACCGGUGGCAAGCGGUGCGGAGGAAAACCAGGCCCGGGGCCGUGCAGUGGUAGUAGGGGCUGCAGUGGCAGGGACCGUGGUUACCGUGUCCCUGUUCGCGCUGAUGGUGGCGGCUGCAGUGCGCUUGAAGUGGCUGCAGGAAUACUGCAAAGACGUUGGUGGCAGUCGCGCGACCAUGAACAUUCUUUCUUUUGGGACGAACAUCUUCGGUCGCAGCUGCCUUGAGUCGAGAAGUCGCCCAGGCCCAGCCUCUAAGCUGAACUUUACUGGUACUGCUUACGAGAACGGGAGCGGUGGAAGCGGGGCCUCAUCUGCGACCCCUCGUAACCACCUUCCCAAGUCAGAAGUUGCAGUGGAAGUAGAGGAAGUGCAGCCUGGCGAGCAGCAGGUGGUUGGCACCGAGCCGACCGUGGUGACGCCUCUGGAACAGGCUGCCGUGGUCAUCACCCCAGACACGCGGCCACAACCCAACCUGGAGCUGCAUGUGCGGUUAAUGGACCCCGCUGCUGAGGCUGAGGCUGGCGACAGCAGCAACAGUCCCACAGCAGGUGCCGUCACGUGUGUCGCACCCCUGCACUCGAAGGAGGAGGUCGCCAGCGGCAGUGGCAGCGGCAGUGCUGGUGGUGGUCCUCUCUGUAGUGGUAGCAAUGUGGUGGAGCUGUCUCCGGUGGUACGCGGCAAGGGCACCUUUGGUCGAGUGGUGGAAGGUACUUACCGGGGGCAGCGAGUGGCUGUGAAGCUUCUGGCCAGCGACGGCCCGUGGGGAUGCCCCAUCGAGGCCUUCGCCUCCAGCUUCGCGCAGGAAGUGCAGGUGCUUCAUAUCACCAUAUCCAUUGCCAACGCGCUGGCCUACCUGCACCCCACCAUCAGUCACCGGGACCUCAAGCCUGCCAACGUGCUGCUCAACGACCCCCACAGUGACCGCCCCACAGUUAAGCUUACGGACUUUGGGCUGUCUCGACUUCGUGUGACGGUGGCUCCAACGGAGCAUCCGGAUGUGGGCACGCCCGCCUACAUGGCACCGGCCGGCUUCUGUGAAGUGGUAACUGUUUUGGACGCAGCACCCACGACCAGAAUCCAUAGUAAUCUGACGGAUCAAUGGCGGCGAUAA